CGAAAGAUCAAGAAGAAGCAAGGUGAUCAGGAGCAAGUCAUCGAAGUUAAGACAGUCGAAGAAGAAGGCAAAGAACCUGAAACAAUAGUGACUGUUGAAGAAAUUCAACCGACAGAUGAAGAAAAACCAAAGAAGAAAAAAGUCAUCAAAAAGGUUAAGGAUGACGACUACAUUCAGCAAUUGAUCGACCAAGAUAUUCCAAAGACGGAAUUGGAGGAAUUCGAGAAACCUGAAUUCCAAGAAAUUAAAAAGAAACCAAAGAAGAAGAAAUCACUUGUUCCAAGUGACGAAACACCAAUUGAUCUUGUAAUUGAAGAGCUGCCCGAGGAAAGAGUAACGAUUCAAAUCCCAACUGAUACUGGUGAGAUCGUCGAACAAAAGGUAACAAAACGAAAGAUCAAGAAGAAGCAAGGUGAUCAAGAACAAGUCAUCGAGGUGACAACAGUUGAAGAGGAAGGCAAAGAACCCGAAACCGAAAUAACUGUUGAGGAAGUUCAACCUAUCGAACCAACGAGCGAGGAGCAACCCAAGCCCAAGAAAAAGAAGGUUAUUAAAAAGGUCAAAAAGAAUGAAGAGGAUGAUAUAAUUCAGAAGCUCAUUGAACAGGAAAUUCCCAAAACCGAGUUAGAAGUAUUUGAAAAACCAGAAUUCGGAGAAGUCAAGAAAAAGAAGCCCAAAUCAAAACUGGAACCAAUUCCAAUCGUGAAGAAAGAUCAGAAACCGACCAAACUUCAAAUCACCAAAGUUGAAGAUUCUCCGAUUGCCAUUAAAAUGUCAUUCAAAAAACCAAAACCAAUUGAAAAGAAGGAGCAACCUCUUCCAGAAAUCACCGGCUUCAAGUUAAAGAGUCGUUUAGUUCAAGUCAAUUAUCCACCUGAAGCCACCAAACUGGUAAUCAAAGAAUUGAAUACCGUUAAGAGCAAUGGCGAGCUUUCGCGUAAUGUCGAAGAAGCAUUGGAUACUCUUAAAAAGAAGAAAAUUAAGAAAAUAAAGAUUCCAAAGGUCAGAAAAGACAGUUUGGAACGACCUGAACUCGAAAAAUAUGAAAAAUAUGAGAGCAGUUCCGAUGAAUCCGAAACCAAAGGCAAAUACCAACGAGGAGUUAAAGAAGGAAAGAUUCCGGAAGACGAUCAGAAAACACUUAAACUUGGAAAAGGUAAAUCUAGACCGGCUGAUGCCGAUGAAGAUACUGAUGUUAAAUUGAAACCAGUACCAAAGAAGUCUCAAGUUGCUGAAGAAGAUUUCGUUGAAGCUCCAAAGAAACACAGAUCUGAGAUCAAAGAUCAACCGGAAAGAAAAACAAGUGUUGAAAUUGACGUCAGUAAAGUUCCACCGUUUGAUUUUGAACCAAGAGAAUUUUCUGAAGAAGAAAUACCAGAGGUUGAUAAAGAGCCAGAUGUCAGUGACAAAGAAUCAGCGCCAAAGAAAAAACCAAUUAAAAAGAAGAAAGUCAAGUUAGAGCCUGAAGAAGACAAAAUUAAGAUCAAGAAAGGUGUUCCAAAGGACAAAGAUCAACCUUCAGAAGACGACAUCAACCUACACUAUGACCGCAAACCAUUGCCAGAAGAAAGUGAAGAACAAGUACCGUUGAAGCCGUUCGAAAGACCUUCAACUAAAGGUGAUAAGCUAGAAAUGGAAACACAACCAACUGAAACCACAAAAGAAAUUCCAGAAAAAGAUUAUGUAGAUAGUGACACAGAAAAACAAGAAUACACUGAAACAGGUAGGAAAACAAUAAAGAAAAUAAUAAAGAAACCAAAGAAAGCUACUCCAGCUCCAGAAACAAGCGAGGAAAAAGAAACACCAGCUGAGCUUCUCGUCGAAGAACUCCCUGAGGAAAUUAUUACUAUGCAAGUUCCAACUGAAACGGGUGAAAUCAUCGAACAAAAAAUUACGAAACGUAAGAUUAAGAAGAAGCAAGGCGACAAAGAGCAAGUUAUCGAAGUCAAGACAGUAGAAGAAGAAGGAAAGGAGCCUGAAACAGAAAUAACAGUUGAGGAAAUUCAAACAGUCGAGCCAACCGAAAAGGAAUUAACAUCAGAGGAACAGCCCAAACAAAAGAAGAAGAAGAAGAUCAUUAAAAAGGUCAAGAAAGAUGAUUACGAUGACUAUAUUCAAAAGUUGAUCGAUCAAGAAAUUCCAAAGACGGAACUGGAGGAAUUUGAAAAACCUGAGUUUGAGGAAAUCAAAAAGAAGCCGAAAAAGAAGAAAUCCUUGGUUCCAAAGGAAAGCGAGGAUCAACCAGCUGAACUUGUUAUUGAAGAGCUACCCGAAGAGGUUGUCAAUGUUGAAAUUCCAACCGAAACUGGUGAAAUUAUCGAACAAAAGGUUACGAAGCGAAAGAUCAAGAAGAAGCAAGGUGAUCAAGAGCAAAUCAUUGAGGUAACUACAGUCGAAGAAAAAGGAAAAGAGCCUGAAACUCAAAUAACAGUUGAAGAAAUUCAACCAGUAGAACCGACUGAAGAGAAACCAAUAACAGAGGAAUCGACAACAGAGGAACAACCAAAACCAAAGAAAAAGAAAAAAGUGAUCAAAAAGGUACCGAAAGAUGACUACGAAGAUUAUAUUCAGAAGUUGAUCGAUCAAGAUAUCCCGAAGACCGAAUUAGAGGAAUUCGAGAAGCCUGAGUUUGAGGAGAUCAAAAAGAAACCAAAGAAGAAAAAAUCACUUGUACCAAAGGAAAGCGAGAAACAACCAGCCGAACCUAUUGUUGAAGAGCAAGUAAAGAAGCCCAAGAAGAAAUCUCUUGUUCCUGAAGUUAGCGAAGAACAAGAGACGCCUGCUGAGCUAGUUAUUGAGGAGCUUUCAGAAGAAACAGUAACGGUUCAAAUUCCAACUGAAUCUGGUGAAAUCGUCGAACAAAAAGUAACAACACGUAAGAUCAAGAAAAAGCAAGGUGACAAAGAACAAGUUAUUGAAGUUAAGACAGUCGAAGAGGAAGGCAAAGAACCUGAAACCGAAAUAACAGUUGAAGAAAUUCAACCAGUCGAACCGACUGAAGAAAAACCAACUGAUGAGGAAUCAACACUAGAGGAACAACUAAAACCAAAGGAAAAGAAGAAGAAGGUGAUCAAAAAGUUUAAAAAGGACGAACAAGAUGACUAUAUUCAAAAGUUGAUCGAUCAAGAUAUUCCAAAGGCAGAGCUGGAAGAAUUCGAAAAACCUGAAUUCGAAGAAAUCAAAAAGAAACCAAAGAAGAAGAAGAAGUCACUUGUUCCAAUGGAAAGCGAGGAACAACCAGCUGAACUUUUUGUUGAAGAACUACCUGAAGAGGUUGUAAAAGUUGAAAUUCCAACUGAAACUGGUGAAAUCGUCGAACAAAAGGUUACGAAGCGAAAGAUCAAGAAGAAGCAAGGUGAUCAGGAGCAAGUCAUCGAAGUUAAGACAGUCGAAGAAGAAGGC